GGAGACAUGGUGUCAAAAAAGGGGGUUCAUGGUACCGUAGUUAUCUGCAGGAGUGAGAUUCCGUGAGAAAUUGGACCAAUAGGUAACCCUGGUAGAAGGUCCUUCCCGGAAGGGCUAGGGUUGAUAUGCAAGAUAACUCCUUGGCGCACUGAAUUGCCUGCUUGUCUCAGCCAGUGGGGCCGAAUACAAAAGGAAGCGCUUUCCCACGCACCUUCUUUCUCCUUGCUGUUCAUUUUGCGGUCUCCUGCUCAAAAUUUGCAUCUUAACGUUUUUCUUUUUUCCAUUAUCCAUUUCCCAUUCGAUACCCAACGCGAGCAACAGGAGUUUUUCACCGUGUUAAGCGGCUGAUAAACUAGAGGAAAAACCUACACGAGAGAAAUUAAUUAAUUUAUUUAUUCCGAUAUUGACCUUUUCACGCUGCCUACUCACUGAACCUUUUUCGUCUUUUUUUUUUCAUUUUCAUUCAUUUUUCCUUUUUAACCAUCUCCCUCCAUUUCGAGCCAACCCUUUUUGACCCAGGCUAUUCCGAAUUGGAACACGCGUGGCGCGUCGGGCAGGGAUAUCCAGGAAACAGCUGAGUCAUUCUGGCUCGAUCAGCUUUAAAGCACUUACCCUGCCAGCUUUUCCUUUUCUUUCUUCCUUCUCGCCCUCUUCACCGUCUUGCAACCACAUAACCCUCUCACCACUCAGCCGCCUCCGUUGUCGUGCACAACCACUUUCCACUCCACCCAUCACCACCACAAAACACCCCCUAGCAACGACACUACCCCUCAUUUUUUUUUAUUUUCCUGUCGCCUUGGACGCAAGGCAGCAACAACACAGCACAUACACUUACCCACGCGCACACCAGACGCUGGUUCCAUCCAUUUUAUCCCCACCCCCUUGCUGACUACUCACCCCGCUCAUCCGCAACCCUGCUCCCAUACCUAAAACCGAUUCUCCCCAUUUACUUAGUGUACGGUGACACAGGAAGACGAUUCUGCGGCUCAACCCCAAAGCAGUGGAUGCUCUUUAAUAUCUUACCGUAGUUUCGCCUCUCUCCUCUUCCCACUUCAUCCACCUUCGACCCCACCUUUUUCUUCCCUUCUACCCCACCUCUUCCGCAUUUGUUUGCAACCUCGGUAUCUACAGCUAUUUCAUCUCCUGUUUCGCCCGCGAAUUCUCAUCGCGUCCAUCCCGCAGUUGUCGCUGUCGCUGGUGGACGUGGGAGAAUCAUCCAUUUCAAACGCUCUGGCUGGUUCGUCUUUGUCUUCCAUGGCAGUUAUGAGUCCGCAACUAUCGGUAAACACGCAGUCAAGCGAGCUGAAGUCCGAAGCGGCCGCUCCUCUUCUCGCUUCGGCGGCAGACGGGAGCGCUGCCUCGGAAGGGGCGAUGGCGAUGGACUUGGAUCUUAACGGUUCCAUCAAGCAAGAUGAUAGUACCUCGCCUCAAUUUGCUCCAUCAUCUCCGAAGGAUGACCACGUCAGCAACGGAUUACGCACGCCAUUUGUGAAUGGAAGCGCCCCGGACGCGAAGAUAAAUGCGCCUCCUUCACCCCCCAUCCCCACUCCACCACUACACUCCGAUAACACACAUGACCUUUCUGAUCUCCAUAUCACGUCACCCGCUGGCUUGCCUGGGUCUACAGUUAUGUCAUUCCAGGAGGCCGUUGGAUCGGGGAAGCCGGCAGGAGAACCAAUGGACCAAGGUGUAUCUGGGGGUAACGUCAAGGAUGAUGAGAAAUCUAAUGAAGGGAAGGACAUCGGCUCUAAUCGGUCGGAGCCACCCCAAAAGUCGGAGCCAUCAGGCUCUAUGGCUGAUUCCUCCCAUGAUGCCGCUGCCGAUAGAACUAUGACGGAUGCGCCUACCUUCAAGGCUUCACGCAGCCGAGACGAUGACGAUGGCGAAGGCCCUCCAUUGAAGCGAGCUAAAACUGAGGAGGAAAUGGAUGUUGUUUCCCCAACAACCGCGGCAUCUUAUAAUUCUACCGCUCCGUUGACGGCAACACAAAUUAAAUACCUUCUGGUGGUGAUUCGGAGUUUGCGGCGGACCAAGGAUGCUCGUCCCUUUACUAUGCCGGUUGAUCCUAUAAAGCUCAAUGUUCCUAAUUACUUUGAAGUUAUUACCAACCCAAUGGAUCUUCAAACUAUGGAGAAGAAACUGAACAAUAAGGAAUACUCGUCGUCGCGUGACUUUUUAGCUGACUUCAACCUGAUUCUCACGAAUUGUGUCACUUUUAAUGGCCGCGAGCACCCGGUCUCCGAAAAUGGACGAGUUAUGAAGGCUGUGUUUGAGAAACAUAUGGCUGGAUUUCCGUCUGCUGACUUUGUCGAACCUCAAAAGUCGAAAUCUACUAAAAAGAAGGGUGGGGGAAACACCACCGUCAAUACCGCUGCGCCUAAACCACCAAAGCCGGUAGCACCUGUCCCGCAAGCGAUUAAAGCGACACAGACUAAGAAGGAAUCGAAACGUCCCGUGCCAACCGCAGCUAUUACCGCAGCCUCCCCUACAUUUGGUCUCCAACCCUCCGGUAUCCCCCAAAUCCGCAGAGAUUCUACCGCAAACGACAGGCCCAAGAGGGAGAUACACCCACCAGCGCCUAAGGAUUUGCCAUAUUCUGAUGUCAAGCCCCGACGCAAGAAGGCUGCGUCGGAGCUCAGGUUCUGUGAUAUUGUUCUCAAGGAGCUUCAUAAGAAGCAGUACCAUGAUACGGCAUUUCCAUUUUAUGUACCAGUGGAUCCUGUAGCGUUGAACAUACCUGAUUACUUCAAGAUCAUCAAGAAGCCCAUGGAUCUAAGUACAAUUUCGACAAAGCUGAAAACGAAUCAGUAUGACAGCGCUAGUGAUUUCGAGGCCGACAUUCGCUUAAUGUUUUCUAAUUGCUACAAAUUCAAUCCUUCGGACCAGCACGUUCAUAAGUGCGGCAAGGCUUUAGAAAAUAUUUUCGAUCAGAAGUGGGCCGAAAAGGCUUCCUACACUCGGGAUAAUCCUGGCAGCCAUUCUCCAGUUUCUGUUUCGCCCCCUGUGGAAGAUGAGGAUGAGGAUAUGAGCGGAGAUGAGAGCGAGGAUCAAGAGCAGAACAUCCGUCUGCUCGAGCAGCAACUCGAGGCGAUGAAAGAUCAGAUAUCGGCGAUGAAGAAUGGGCAAAAGAAGAAAAAGACUCCUCCUGCUACCUCUACCAAAAGGUCGAAAGGAGGUUCUUCUCGGAAAGGCUCGUUAGUGUCUACAGCCCCCCCGGCCAAUCCUUCUAGACCAAAGAAAGGCAAGGAGAAGAAGGUUCCUUACAUUACUAUGGAGCAAAAGACGGAACUUUCCGAGAGGAUAAAUUUUCUGCCAACCGGGAAGAUGGCUUAUGCUCUUAAGAUGAUAAGAGAAAACAUGCCCGAUCUGGGAAAUACAGCUGAUGAUGAGAUUGAGCUCGAUAUCGAUGAACUAGACCCCCAAACAUUAUACAAACUUCACACAUAUGUUACCAGACAUGCAGAGAAGAAGCCCAGCGGAUAUGUCCCACCGCCACCCCCCCCUGCACCAGUCACAGAACCAAAGUCGAAGUCCAAAAGUCUCCCGAAAUCGAAAAAAAACAAACCUAUGUCUGCUGUCGAGCAGGAAGCUAAGAUCAAGGACCUUCAAGCUAAGCUCCAGAACUUUGACAAUCCAACCCCGCAACCAUCUAACUCUGCUGCCCAUGGCGAUGAUAGUGACUCGAGUGAUGAUGAUGACGAGAGUUCGGGUUCGGAGAGCGAAGAAGAGUAGACCUCUGGUCUGGCGAAGAAAAACACCCUUUGCAGCAAAAAUCUGUUACUUCCAAAAACUUAAUUGCUUGAGUCAUUUCAACUGGUAUGAGAGGGGCGGGUGACAUAAAAAAGUGCAAGUUCUAUCGUUAAGCUAUUAUUCAUGUACCCGUCUGACGAAAAGAACAUGGUCCACUGUUCAUUUUUGUGUUCGGGGGAGAGUAACCUGCUUGUACUGUGAGCCAGCGUCUGGGGAUGUGAACAUAGGGGGAUAAGUGCGGGGUUUGUUUUAGGGAGAGAGGCGGAAUGUUGUCCUAUGAGAGACGUGGCACGGGCGGAAGGUUGCAGUUUUUUUUUUUACAAUGGCGGGGUUGUCGGCGGCAUCUUGGCUUUUUUUCUACAUUUUUUUCAUUGAUUGAUUGCAUGCUGACUAGCUGACAAUUCUUCCAUUAUAA